UAGAGACGGGCGACGACGAGUUGACCUAAACAUGGCGCCCUUGCUGGAUCAUAAAAUCGGCGAUGCUAUGUUUUCUUCUUUACCUUUGCGAUCAAAAUCGAUUCUCCUAACAUGUUCACUAAUUUUGGUUAUUUACUUGACGUCGCAGCCAGCUUUGGCCAAACCGAGUAGCCUCAAAGAGAUCACUGACGGAAACUGGGAAGACAUCUUGGCAGGGGAAUGGAUGAUUGAAUUCUUUGCCCCCUGGUGUCCAGCGUGCCAGCAGCUCCAACCCAUGUGGAAUGAGUUUGCCGACUGGGGGGAGGACAUGGGUGUCAACAUAGCGAAAGUGGAUGUUACUGAACAGCCUGGUUUGAGUGGACGAUUCAUUAUCACUUCACUUCCGACCAUCUACCACUGUAAGGAUGGUGUGUUCAGGAGGUACCAGGGGGCUCGCACCAAAGAUGACUUCCUAAGCUUUAUUGAUGAGAAGAAGUGGCAGGGCAUUGAACCGGUGUCGUCCUGGUUUGGACCAUCUUCCUUCAUGAUGAACACAAUGUCAGCUCUCUUCAAGUUGUCAAUGUUCAUUCGGCGUUGCCAUAACUACCUGACAGAGCAGUUGGGUAUUCCAGUGUGGGGCUCCUAUAUCAUCUUUGGACUGGCCACACUCUUCUCUGGCCUAGCCCUGGGACUGAUACUGGUGUUCAUAGCCGAUUUUGUCUUCCCAUCACGACGCUUUAACUCCCCAAACUACUACCAGAAGAAACAGACGAUGGAACAAGCCAGGCUUAUUCAGCAGCUGGAGGAAGAGCAGGAGGCGGAUGGAGAGGAGGAUGACGAUGACGAUGAAGAUGAACAGGAGGAGGUCUGGAGGCGAUUGUCUCCAGGUGGCCGUCCCGAGGCCAGAGGGCCGGGUUACCCAGAGGAGGCCUUGCGAAAGAGGGUGGUUGGCAACCGUGAGGAGGAGGAGGACUCCUAGAGGCCUGGAGGGGAACUGCAGAUGCCGCCUAACGCCCAUGGGAGACGCAGCGAUGAUGGGGAAGCAGCCCGGUUCGGGGCCUGGGCUCAUAUAUAUGAUUUACAUGAGCAGGGGUGACUGAUCCUAGAUCACCAAUCCUACUCUUUCAUGCUUUAUGAAUAUUAGACCUGCAGCAGAGUUCACAGCUUACACAGUCGACGUCGUACUUCCUGUAUUCUCCCUCUGCUUCACCGGGAGUGCUCUGGAUUCUGACUGCUCUGCUUUCACCACAGGCAGUCUCCUGGACUGGAGGUGCUACUGUACACUCACAACACUAGGGUCGUGUUCAUUGGCUAUCUUUUGAAGAGAACAGACUGGGAACAGGCAGGGUUUAUCCAAAUUUGUCCAAUCUAAAAUGCUCAUUUUCCUUUUCCAUUGCGUGCCCUAAUGAAUCAAUUUUUAAAUUGGGUGUGGUUUAGGUAUGGAGUUCAGUAGAAAUGGGCCCCCCAAAAAAUUGGCCACUUUUAUGCUAUGCAUUUAGUUUUUAUUGAAUCUUUGUGUGUUGAUUCAUGUUUAACAAAUGAUAUACAGCUUGUGUUUUGCGCAUUUCAUUGUAUGAUAUAUUCCAUGUGAUCUAAUAUGUACUUGUGUUUUUCUCCUUUUCACCAUCUCAGAAAUCCCAUAAUUUAUUUUCAUCCAAGUCUUCCAUGACAGACCGUGCAUCCACCCACCAUGCUACUCCAUAGUGGUUUAGAAUGGUUAAAUAUUGUGCAGAAGUACAUCUGGAUCCUCAACUGCACCCUCAUGAGUGUAGUUGGCAAGCUUUUAUACAGGAACCUGUGAUCAAAUCUCUUCGGGGUAGGGACUCUCCAUGUUUCCAUUUGGUCUUUAAUCAGCAAUUGCACAAAGGUGUUGACUUGAGUUACAAUGCUCUGCUCUGGCUCUACAAGACUGGAUGGUUUAAUCUCUGCUGCCUGUGUGUUUUAUUAAGUUUCACACCAAUGUAUGAAGGAUUGUGGUGCUAAAUCUCCCUGGUGAAUGUUGUUCAGUAUGGAUUAUUAAAGAGCAACUGAACGUAUUAAGGAAUUUAUCCUUUUAAAAACGGCUGGUGUGGCAUUGGUAUAACUCAAACAUUUAUUCUAGUGUCAAAAUUGACUAUAAAGUGUAAAUGGGAUCAUUUCGCUCCUGAAGUCAGUCUCGUCCAUAGCAGGUUUGCGAGAUGAUUAGGAAAAAAUGGUGUGUCGUGGAAUGAAGGGUUCAUUUCAAUCCUGCCCUCAAGUAAUCAAUUUGGAGCACAAUGCCAUGGUCAAUUUGGUUUGACAUUCGAUAUCCUUAUGGGGCUAGUUAGAAUUACACAAGGUACAUGGGAAAAUAUUUUAAAAUAUCAAUACCGCCAGAUUUCAAUUACUUAAAUGUUAAAUCAACAGUAAAUUGUAGAAAUAUAUAGAAAGCAUUUGAGGCAACUAAAAGGUGUGCAAUAUGAAAAUUAUGUACAAUUUACAUGUCUAAUUUAUCGUCUAUCACUAUCUAUCACUAUCCCAUACGGCGGCUCAUAAUUGACCCAGCGUCGUCCAGGUUUAGCCGGGGUAGGCCGUCAUUGUAAAUAAGAAUUUAUUCUUAACUCACUUGUCUAGUUAAAUAAAAGGUUACAUUUAAAACAAUGAGAAGAAAAAUAGCACCAACAAUAGGAUAUCCAAAGUCAAACCAAUUUUGUGCCGGCUGAAGUUUGUUUGCUUGCUAGUCUAGGCUACUCCCAGAUACAAGAUCUGGUUUGACGGUUUCAAGUUAUCUAGAAGGGUGAGUAACUGUGUACUGUUUUGUCAGAGUGAAAGUACAAACACUUACCUCAUUCGAGCACCCACAUCAAAACAUGCCUCCAUAACCCAGGUCUUGUUCUCAGUUGCAUUUACCGAAUGAUGAGAAUUGAAACCGAGGCUAAAUCAGGAAGUUCAGCUUCGCUUUAAUACUGACUUCAUAAACAAGUGGUAAUUAGCAGUUGUGAAGUCGUAAAUACCAGUUGGAUGCAUGCAUGUGUUUUAAACUUGUUGAGAAACGCUGAUUGGUUAAUGGCCAACAAGCGGUGUCAACCAUAAACAAAAAGUACAGCUAUCAUGCUUGUGAACAAGUUGUAAUGUUCAAAAAAAAGAUUUAUUUACAUAUUUUUUUGCAUUUAAUUGCUGAAAUGGUAAGUUAUCGAGGUCAUAUUCUUAGUAGGUGACGCCAGCAUGUGGGAGAAGUCGGAGCUCAGGGAUGAUAGACGAGUUUCCCGCUAGUAAUUAGCAGUUGGAGAGGUGUUCAAGCGGAUUUUUCCUAACAGGGCCAUACUGUGGCGCGUUCACAACACCAACCUGUUACAAAGAUAUUGUGCUGUAAAAUGUAAAUAACCUUGUUUUGUCAAUCUCCACUGUAAAGCUAAUAUCCACCCCUUUGUAAAGCUGGCAGUGGACUGUAAUUUUGGAUUUGUAUCUUAUGUUGUGUUCACCUGUGUGUGAUGUUUUUCCAUAUUAAUCAGAACGGUUUAUUAUUAUUGAUUGGUAAUGGGCUGUCAUGUCAGUCAGCCAUCAGACACAAUGCAUGCCCGGCGUUACAGCUACAAUUAUUAAGGGAGUUCUUUAAUAGCCUGGUCCCAGAUCAGUUUGUGCUGUCUUGCCAACUCCUAUGGUCACUCUGGCUCUUCUAUUUUGGACAAACUAUGGGUGUUUCUCAAUAUGCAUACUACUGUGCUCCUCACUCCCAUGCUCCUAGUGCAGUCUUUUGAGGGCAUUCUCUCUUUAUUAGGACGAGAGUGUGGAAACGCAUACAUUUUACAUUUGAGAAGCGCUGCACACUCCCGUGCUACUGCAUUACCUUUGACCUUUUUACAGUAAAUUGUGUCAUCAACAUGUCGGCUGCUCAUCUACAGUAUGCUGGACUUUCCUGGAUCACAGCUACCCUUGAUAACAUGUAAUAUGUCAAACAUUUGUAGAUCUGAACAUCAGAUUCCGUUUAAUAUUGCAUUAUUGUCAGUAAAGCAAUUGAGACUUUUUAAA